AUGGUCAAGCACCCCAAGGACCUCGAGCUGCUCUGCCGCGAGGGCCACCUCGCGGAGGAUGCCGUGCGCAAGGGCUUCUCGGUCUCGGUGCCGACGGAGUACUACUCCACGCCGGAGCGCCUCGCGGCGCUCUACGGCAUCGACGAGGACGAAGUGCGGGCCUUCGUCGACAAGUCCAAGAGCAAGAAGGCGCGCGCCGGCCGCUGGCUCGCGGACGCGCUGCAGCCGCUGGCGGCGUGCGCGAUCGCCGAACAGAUGGUCGCCGCGGGCGUCGUCGACCCCUUCACGCCCACCUUUUCCGUGUGCAUGAAGCGCCGCCCGUGCCCUUAG